UUAUGUUUUCGUAUUCAUCAUCAAAAUAAAUAAAACAAAGUCAGUGUCAGUGAAUGGGUCAUUUUGGUAAACAUUAGGCUUUUAUCCCGCUUUUAGCCCCUCCCAGGAAGCGAUGAGUUUAAAUCAGGAAAAUCGCCCGGAACUAUAUGAGGAAGUCAAGCUGUUCCACAACGCCAGGGAGCGUGAAAAGUAUGACAGUUUCGCUGAUUUGUACGCACUUAUCAACACGCUGCAACAGCUAGAGAAGGCCUACAUCCGGGACUGCGUCACCCCCAAAGAGUACACGGGGGCUUGCAGUAAGCUGCUGGUGCAAUACAAGUCCGGAUUCCGGCAGGUGAAGGGCGACGAGUUUCCCAACAUUGAUACCUUCGUCAAGAAGUACCGGCUGGACUGUCCCGCAGCCCUGGAGCGCAUCAAAGAGGAUAGACCGAUCACCAUCAAGGACGAUAAGGGCAAUACGAGCAAGUGCAUUGCGGACAUUGUGUCCCUGUUCAUCACCAUCAUGGACAAGCUGCGGCUGGAUAUAAGAGCUAUGGAUGACCUGCAUCCAGAGAUUCGCGACCUGGUAGAUACCAUGAACAGACUGAGUAUCCUGCCCAGCGACUUUGAGGGCAAACAGAAGGUAAACGAGUGGCUGAGCACGUUGAAUGCAAUGCAAGCCUCGGACGAGUUGUCCGAGUCGCAGGUCAGGCAGCUGCUGUUCGACUUGGAGAGCUCCUAUGCUGCAUUCAAUAAGGUUUUGCACAAUUCCUCUUAGAUCAUUUACAUCACAAGUUUGUAGCCCCAGAUUAUUGAUUAAGUAAACCGCUAAAACAGC